CGUCACACCAAAACAAGAAGCUGCUGCUAGCACUUACCUGGAUACUUGCUAACACGAAUUUACCUCAAUAUGUCUCAAGAUGCUUGGUUACAGAACUACGACGCGACGUGUCGGCUGGCGCAAGACAUAGCCGAGAAUAUACAUGAACGGUCAAGACUACAGAGAACCGGGGGAAACCCGGCCAAGAUCAACAUGACACUAAGAGCGUCAUUACAGAAGCUCAAGCAAAACAUCUCCCAGCUGAAAGAGAGUCUGCUACGAGCUUCAUCGUCCCGUCGGAUAAUGCAGUCAGAGGCUGACAGGAGACAGAACCUAGUAGAUGACCUGGUCACCAGAGAGAAACAUCUCAACGCCACCUUCAGAGGAGAGGUCAAAGAAGAACCUUCCAGGACGACGCUCAUGUCCGGAGCAGGGGGCGCUGGUGGCGGCGGCGGAGGAGGAGCGGUCAACCCGUGGCUGGUCAACGAAUCGGAGGAGACCAGGGGCCUGAGCUUCGGGGAGAUCAAGCAGCAGCAGCACAGCAUCAUGGAAGCCCAGGACGCUGGUCUGGACGCUCUGGCAGCGGUCAUCAGCCGGCAGAAGAUGAUGGGCCGGGAGAUAGGCAAUGAGCUGGAGGAGCAGAAUGAAAUCAUUGAUGACCUCUCCCAUUUGGUCGAUAAGACUGACGACCGGAUUCGCAAUGAGACGCGGAGGGUGAAGCUGGUGGAGACCAAGUCUGCGUCCUGUGGCAUGCUGGUGGUGAUCGUCCUUCUCUUGAUAGCCAUCGUGGUGGUCGCUGUGUGGCCCAUCUAGUCUCUGGGCCCCCUUCAUGGUGGAGCGGAGGGGAUGGUGCCAUUUUAUCCUGACUAUUAAACCCAGGCAAACACACACACACACACACACACACACACACACACACACACACACACACACACACACACACACACACACACACACACACACACACACACACACACACACACACACACACACACACACACACAGGCUCACACAGACACACACACAGACAUACACAUGCACACAGAGACACACCCACACAAGCGCACACACACACACACGCACACGCACGCACACACGCGUGUGUGUGUGUGCACAGAUAAACACACAGUGAAGGGCCCAGAUAAACACACAGUGAAGGGCCCAGAUACACACAUACAGAGACACACAGACACUUGCGCACACACAGACGCACACACACACACAGACACACACACACACACACACACACACACACACACACACACACAGUCUUUGCCACUCCUGCUCUUUGUUUUCCGUAGUGAGGGAGCAGAGAACAUGUCUGUACACACUGUAGUAUUGUUAAUAUUUAGCUUUGCCUUCGUUUUUUUAUGGUUGUUUUAUGAAUGCGUUUUGGUCAAAGAGCCGUGGUGACCAAUGAAUGGAUGAGAGGAAUGCAACAGAAAAUCGUACUAGUGUGUAUCCCCGGUAUAGCAGGAUAUGCCCACAUGCAUCUCUGGGGAUUCAGCACAUUUGGUACUGUAAUUUCUGCAUGCACCUUGGAAGUUAGUUUUUAUUAUAUUUACCGCCGGGGCUGGUGUUGUCCCAGUGACAGGACCUCCCAGCGUUUCAACUGCAUAAGCUCACCUGUGAUACAUACAUGACAAUAGUCUCUCUAUCUCUCUCUCUCUUUCCCCGGCCGCUAUAUUUACUCUGGUAUCACUUUGGCUGCUGUAGUGUUAUCUUUUGCCGCUGGGGCUUUUCUAAUGUUUAUAGAAAAGUGUUGAGCCAAAACAAACUCUGUGGCCGUGCCACUAACACGCUUGUUUUCUUUCCAUGUAAAUCACUCGAACCCCAAUGGACAUGUUGCAUAUAGGUGUAAUUAAUAAAACAAAACAAAAGCUUUUCCAGUUGCUUUUCUUAGCAUAUCUGUGAUUCACUAGUGUAUGUUUCAUUGAGGGUUAUGAGCGCAUUUACGAUGACAUUUUACCCAGUUUUGUUAGUGUUGGAGGUCAUAAUGAAAAGGAAGCGGCUAAAUUCUGACACCGUUCAGUUACAUUUAUGUGAAGAUCAGCAGUAUUUAUACAGACCAGUGAUUGAUAAUAUUACCUACAUAUAUUAACUUCCCUGAUUAACUAUUAAAUUUUUUUUUCUAACAACAGAUGUAAGACGGCCAGGGGAUGUUACUGAGGGCAUGUUAAUAAUAGUGUUUGCACUAUAAACUUUAAAUUCCUUUUUACCUUUAAUAGUCCUUUCUUAUGGUUUGUAUUGAUGCAAAAUCCUGCUACUAAAACUUGUUUAUCUGACUUCAUUAUUAAGAUAAUUUAUUAAUUAUAAAUAGGUGUGCUACAAACAAAUCUUUUGUAUCAACAAACAAAUCAAAAUAAACAAUUAUCAAUGAAUAAAUGAACACUGUGUGGCAUUCAUUAUAUGUGUACAUUCAUAUUAUAUAUUCAGUUUGAACUCUGAAAUCAAUGUUUUUAUGAACACUGUUGCAAAUAUAUGACAUGAUAGAUGAUAGCAUUCGAUGUUGGUAUGCAAGUUGCAGAAGGAAGACGGCACAACUAUUUCAACAUAAGAGUUUAUUUCAACAGAAAGUUUGAAUUUAGUUCUACCAGGUUGGUGUGUUCAGUAGUGAUUAUAUCCUUCUUGUACGGCAACUAUCUAAACAACACAAAUGAGUAAAAAAAAUAAUUAUCACAAAAGAAAGUUAAAAAAAGACAUAACAAAUUCCACAAUGUCUUGUGUCAUUAAAUAUAUUCAUAUAUAAUAAUAACCAUAAUAUAUUAGUACACAUCAUAAACAGUAAUUGCAAUUGUGAGAGCUAAAGAGGUGCAGUUCAAAGUAUGCUUUGAAGAGUGGAGUUUUAAACUUGUCCUUGACAUCGAUCUAAAUGUACACCUACAGAGACAAACAAAAAGAGAUUGGAUUACAAAUUACCAUGUGCCUAAACAUUUAUUCUUUAUAUUUCCAUAUAAAAUUGAUGUUGGUAAAUAGUAACAAAGUAUGGAUAUCAUAGAGUUUACCAGACAAUACCAACAAAUUCAUUAAUGUUGAAUGGCCCAAUUUUUUUAGAAUUGGUCAAUUAAAAACAAAAAAAUCUCAGAUUUAUUCUAUUUAUUCUAAGUGUGCACUUUGAAAAUAUAACAAGGCGCACCUGGUUUCAUUCUGAAGUAAAUCACAGAAUGACAAGGGUUUUUUAUCAUUUUAUAAACUACAAUAUUUGAUCACCCGCUACAUUUUUCUUUUUAUGCAAGAAAAUUGGGGUAAAAUCCUCUUUGAAACCAUUGGCUUUAACACAAUUGUAAUUGCAUGGCAUUGUAGCGUGAAGAAUACUUCAGCUACAAUUGUCAACCAACAAAUACUUUAGCUUCACUUUUAAAAUGUAAAUGUAAAACCCCCGACCCAAAGUAAAAAAGGCUAGCACUUUUUUAAAAUUAAAGGUACACUCAUAUCAUUCGUUAUCAGAUAAACUCUAGACUUGGAAAAAUAAAUCAACAAAGUAAUUUUACGACGGGAGUUGCGGACUAAAAUGUUUGGCAAUAUACAAGUAAUGUGGCUUGAAUUAAGCAGCAGUAUCGUCUUAGGAGUUUUGCACUCCCUCACCUAGAUAAGCAUUUAAAUGAAAAUCAAGCUGACAGCACAAUAGGAGACUCAGAGGCCUUGCAUGCCUGCAUUUACAGUUUCAUGCAUCGUAUUCACACAAAUAACGAAUGAAAGGGACAGGAUUUUCUCGUUACUAUCUCGGAUUAUGGCAAGGGACGCUAUGAAACUGGAGUAAACAUGUAAAGUGAAAUCUGAAAGCCUCAAAGUUUGUUUUGUGAUUUAGAAAAGUUAAACAUACUGCAGUUUGCGUAAAGGUAGGAAUAUUCACUAUUUUGCACACUGCCCUCUGUAUCAGGAUGUAGUAAAAAAACAGCAAUAGCCUUUCCCUCCCAUUUAAAAUACUAAACUCAUCCAACUAUUCAGAUUAAAUGGAACGUUCCCAGUUAUGGAAUUGCAUUGGUAUGUGGCAUUGAACAUUAUGAAACAAAAGUAUAAUAAAAAUAUAUAAAUUACUUGUAUGUAACUACCAUUGUACCAUUGUUAUUUUUUUACAUCUCUGUUGAUGUUUACUGCAACUUGAUGAAAAAAUAACCACUUUCGUGUUUGUGGUAUAUUAUGAGCCAUCUUACUGUAGUUGUUUUGCCUUUUUAUUUUUUAAAUUAAGAAACAACGUGUAUGGCACUUCUAUGAAUUAAAUACAAAUAAAAAUAUUAUUACAUGAUGGAUACAUAGAUUAUGAAUACAUUAUUCUUUAUUUUUGUGAGGCCCACCUUUUUUCUGUACCUGGGAUUAUUCACAAAAAAACGAAUGGACAAAAUUCUUAUAGAUCUUGACUUUCAACUACAAUCAAAGCUAUUCUAAAAUUCUCUAGUUCUAAAAUCAGAGGUUGGGUCCCAAAAAAACGAAACAGAACCAGCAAUAAAAUGGAGGACCACAGGACUAGUGGGUUAACUGGAAAUUAUAUCCUAAUUUAGAGGGCUUUACGUACAAAUGAAUAGCUAUUGAGUACAGAGUAUUAACUGAUUUAAAUGGUUAUCCUGCAGUCCUCUCCUCACUAAAUGGUGUAAGUUUGCCCAGGCCAAAACCAGACCUGAAACCCACCUGUCCUGAAAAACAAAAAUUAAUGUUAUAGAACAUCUGGGGUUCUACCUGCAGCAGAGACAAACAGUCAGCAGCUCGCUGGACGCUACAGAGUUCUGCUUUUUCAAAGGCAUACAAAAUAAUAUUUAUGGCACUUUUUAAUGGAGAAAUCCACAUUACUUACUUUCUUCUUUUUUUUAAUCGUUUUUUGUUUCCUAUUUCUUAGGAAUACUAAAUAGUAUUCCUGAUGCUAUAUAGAUCGUGGAGGGGCCUGCUUUGUUUAGUUCGGAAAGAGGGAAUCCAUGCGGGGAAAAUACUGUUUGGCUGAAUGUGUCUUAGUCAGGGUCCCGUUUGCACCAGCAGAAAACGUUCGUUCAAUUCAAACAUAAAAAAAUAACGAUUU